AUGGCACUUCCAGAGCGCCAUUUCACUCGCCAAUUUGACGACACACUCCUCGAAGAUGCUGGUCCCGCUACCCUCCACGAAACGCUUUCGGAUCUGCAGCCCCGGUUCUUCAUACCCCGUCUCGCAGACAAGCCGCAGAACCCCAUCAUGGAUACUCUGAGGCUCAUGAACAACGCGCAAUACGUGAGGCCGGCCAACACCGUAUCGUUGUCUAUACCACUCGAGCUCGGGCUCCUCUCGGAGGAUGUCGCUCGGUUUGCUGCAGAGAAGCACGCCCACUUCGAUGACAUUUGGCAACGGGCCGCAGUACAGAGACAUGGGCAUAAGAAUCAAGUGUUAUCAUGGGAUGCCCUGCGCCCGUCUAACAAUGCGAAUGUAUUACCAUCGCCUUUCCUCUCGGAGCAAGCGAGCGAUGUGUUUGCGUCUGCGAGAUAUUACGUCCGCCCACCACUCCAGGAUCCCCGCGCACACCUCGUGUAUGCGCGUGUCUCGGAGCUCUUUGAAUCGCUCAUUCUCACCGUCAGCGGAACCUCAUCACACUUGCACAUCUGGGACCCCGGGUCGCAGACAUUUGUGUUAAGGAAUUUGCAUGGGAAGGAGCAGGGCCACAUCGUCAUUGUGGGCAAAGAUGAGGUCGUUAGUGCAAGCUUGUUGCAGCGCUUCCUGACCAUCGGAAAUUUAAUGAGACGUCUGGAACUACUUGCAGAAAGUCGAGAAACAAAACAUGCGACGCCAAUAUCGCAUGCGUUCGCCCACUCGCUUUCCUCCAUCCUGGCCUACUUGCGCCAGCUCGCGGAGGCGAUUCCCAUGGAGUCUCACACUGCGGCCGGGGAAGACGCACGGCUCACUGCUUUGUGGGUACAAUAUGAAGAUAUGGAAAACAUAUUGAGAGCGCUCGCAGCGCUUUGUGGCCGGGAUGAGGACGUGUCGCCUUUGGACUAUAUACCCGUCCCUUCUUCGCCCUCUGCUCUGCUCUCAGCCAUCUACACGCACCUGUCGGACCACUAUGAGCGCUCGUCCCCUCGCAUUGUCACCGCCGUUCUUGCGUUCAUGCUCACAACAACCUCGCGGAACUACUUCCAGUCCCUGAGUGCGUCUAUUGGAUACAACACGCCCGGGUCGCGUGCGCGUGCAGUGCCAUCCCGCAGUGCUUUGCGAUUGGACGAGGCGGACCGCGCUAUAGGUGGCGGUGCGCCACUGGACGACACAAUCUUUGAAGAACAAGAGGUGGACGACGGGGUACCCGAAUUCAUCAGCCCUGAUGUCGCAGAAGUCCUCUCCCGCGCUCGGCGCUCGCUGGUGCUCCUCAGAGCGGCGGAUUCGGGGCAUCCACUCCUGACUAGUACGCACAUGCACCGGGAGGUCGAGUGGAUAUGGACCGAAGAGCAGAUCGAGAAUAUGACAGACGAGCAAGCGUUCGACGGCGCAUCUCUUAGCCUGUCUAAAACCCAACGCGAGGAGCAGAGUGAUGGCCCCUCCCGUAGGGCCAACGUAUUGGCCGCGUUCAAGGUAUUCGACCUCGUCCCCGGGGAACCCUUGCCUACGGCCGACACGAAUUCCACCACUGGCCCCGCCCCCGGUCUGCUCUCCGGCGCGCACGGGACUGUCGCGCUCUGCGCCUUCCUCUCCGCCUUUCCCGCUACACUCCCCUCAGCGACACCUACGCUCGCACACCUCACCGCACGGAUCCUCCGCCCCCUCCUCACGCACGCCUCGGCGCUCUCCGGCGCGCUCGUUUCUCGCGUGCUCUCACCAGAGACCCCCCUACACUUACGUGCACACCUGGUUCUGCUGCGCGGGUACCUGCUCCUCACCGCGCACGCCUUCAAGGCGCGCCUGCAGGACGCGCUGUUCUCGGACGCGGAAGAUGUGUAUUCUCCCGUCGUUGGGUCUCGUAUGUAUGCUGCACGCGAGGCGAGGACGCGGACACGGACAGAGAGCGGGCGGAGCAAGAGCAGGAGCCGGGCCCCGAGUGGGAAGACGGAGACGGACAAGCAGGGUCCUGGGCGGCGUGCUGUAGGGCUUUCGCCUGCACUGACGGUAGGUGACCGUUGGCCGCCGGGCGGGACGGACUUGAACUUCCACCUCCGGACGGUUAUCGUGGACUCGCUCGAGGAUGGCCGAACGUAUGAUGAGCAGCAUGAUGACGAGGAGCAGGCAUGGGCCCAGCGUAAGAUCGUGGAGGAGGCGGAGUGGAGGCUUGGGUUCGCGAUCCGCGACCUGCCGGCUGGAACGGGGAAGGAGAAGUGGUUGAACCCCUUAUCUAUUGAGGCGUUGGACUUCUUGUACAUGCACUAUCAGCCGCCACACCCACUGGACAUCGUCAUCACGCCCUCAAUCCUUUCCAAGUACCACCGCAUAUUCGCGUUCAACUUGCGGCUCAUGCGCGUGGAGAACGUUGUCCGGACGCUCUUCCGGCUCACGCGCCACGCCGCCGCACCGCUCUUCCCCACACUCACACCCGCGAACAAACGACUGCUGCACUUCCGCGCCGUCGCACACGCCUUCGUCAUGGGCCUCUCCGCAUACGUCUACGACGUCGCGAUCGGCAGCAACGUCGACGCCUUUCUCGCCCGCCUGCCCGCCGCCCGCCAGCCACCCAGCGCGCCGCACAUAAUACCCACCAGCAGUAGCGGGGACACGCUGCGCCAGUCCGCGCUCGGCCGCCCGCCCCACGGGGACGACGAUGAGGACGCGGCGUUCGCAGACGUAUUCAGUCUGGCGGAGCACCACUCGCGCGUGCUCGACGACGUGCUGAGCGCGUGCCUGCUGCGCUCGGGGCAGAAGGCGGUCGGGGACCUGCUCCGGCAGUGCAUGGAGCUCGUGCUCGAGCUUGGGGUGCUCGCGGGCGAGCUCAAGGACGGCCACGCGGAGGAGUACGAGGCCGCGCUCGCGCUCGAGGAGGUGUGGGGCCGCUUCCGCGCGAAGAUGACCAUGUUUGUCAAGGUGCUGAAGGCGUUGGUGGAGAGAGAGGCGGACAGCUCGGGGCUGGUGUUGAGCGAGAUCCCGCUGCAUAUGAUGCAGGGCCACAGGCGGGUGUCGGGCACCACAGCGAACUUGCACCAGUUGCUGCUCAGGCUGAACAUGUCAGAUUGGUGGACAAAGAGUGAUUCAGCCAGGACGACGUGACCCUCGUGUAUGGAUGUGCAAGUUCUUAGUGUAAUACGCGCUCGGACGCUAGGGAGUUUCUUGUGUAUGUAACUUCGAUAUAUUGCUUGAUUGCUUG